UGUGUUUGGCGUAGUGUGUGUUGGUGUGCGUGACCGAGUGAGGGCUGUUGUGGUUAUUGAACUGGUGCUACGUGGGGUACAUGACGGAUUCUUGAUUUAGUAUCCAGAGAAGAUUCAGUCUCUGUAAAUAUGACUAUUUUAUCCAAGAAGAAGUCCAGUGGGCCAGGAAAAUCGGAAGAUCAAAAUGACUCGGGGAACCAUCAUGGAGGAACUCAUUCUCUUUCACUGGCGUCGAUACAGAGCCAUUCUCAGGCCAGUGAGAGUCAUGAAAGACUAAACUCACCAUCAUGCUGGUCAAGGGAAGAGAAACGAAGUCCACAUUAUGAUGACUAUGAACAUGAUAGUGGCCCAAGCCAUGGAGCAACAAAACGUCGACACCGAUCCAGUCCUCACAGAAGCAGUCGAAGUAAGCUACGCGAAAGAAAUGCAGCCUCCCCACCAAGUUUUGCUGGUUGUAGUGGAGUUGUUGUCACUUCACCAAAAGCAGGUCCAUCUCAGUCUGCUGAUGACCAUGCUAAUGGUUACAACAGCGGUGAUGAGUAUGGACCGUGUGAUGACCAAGACCUGAGUGAGACUGACUGGUUGGAGCGUGACCGUUGGUUUGAAAAAAUUAUCAAGAGGAAAGGCUUCAUCAUCAAGAAAAUGGAAGAAGAUGGGGCAUGUUUGUUUCGUGCAGUAGCUGACCAAGUUUAUGGUGACCAAGACAUGCAUGCAGUCGUGAGAAAUCACUGUAUGGAUUACAUUGCUGCUAACGGAGAUUAUUUCUCUCAUUACGUCACAGAGGAUUUUGACAGGUACGUUAACAGGAAGAGACGUGAUUAUGUUCAUGGAAAUCACAUAGAGAUGCAAGCAAUGAGUGAGAUGUACAAUCGUACUGUCGAAGUAUUCUGUUAUGGAACAGAACCCAUAAAUAUCUUCCAUGGAAAACAUAAGACAGAUAAUGAGCCUAUAAGAUUGUCAUACCACCGUGGAAGUCACUAUAACAGCAUUGUUGAUCCUUAUAAAGCAACAAUAGGUGUUGGCUUGGGUUUACCAAGCUACACACCAGGACUUGCAGAAAAAAAUUUAAUGAAGGAAGCUGUGAGUGUUAGUGAAGAUUUUCAUAUUGAGCAGACAAUGUUGGAGGAUAAACUAAGAGCUACUGACUGGGAAGCCACAAAUGAAGCUAUAGAGGAGCAGGUGGCUAGGGAGAGCUAUUUACAAUGGUUACGAGACAAUGAGAAAAGAAACAAAUCAAAGCUUCCAGUUACAGAGACUGGCAGCUCGGCAACUGUAACUUCAUCAGAACUGAGGUCAUCUCCUAGAGGCAGAUUUCCAGGACACGGAUCACCACCACGUUCAGACUUAACACGCAAUUCUCCAAAGACUGGUGAAACUCAUUUAGAUGCAGCAGUAGCAUCUUCAUCUGAGAGCAAUAACUCAUGUGGUGACCACAAGCGGGCUGCACAUUACCAAGGGUUUCAGCUGUUGGAGACAGCAUCGUUCAUGAAUCAUCUGUCGCCUGAGCUUUUUGGGCUGACUGAAUGGGAAGAUGCUGACAUUUUGGCACAAGUAUUAGCUACUUCACAGCAGGAAUACAUGGAUAACUUAAAGAAACAACGAGGGCCAGAAGAGAUGAAUGAUCAAGAGUCUAUAGACAGUAACCGACCAUCGACAUCACGGUUCUGUGUUAUAGGGAAGACAUCAGUUUAGAAUCAGUUUUGUGGAGUGAAGUGCAUUAAAACAGAAAAAAGUGACUUAAAAGUUGUUAAAUUUGGCAGAAAAUACGUUGUUGUCUGUCAACUUUUUUUUGUAAUAACUAUCUAACAAAACAUGGAAACAAGUUACGAAUUCAGUCACCAGCAUUGUUUCUACUGUAUUCGUGGAGUUCUGUGACAUAUCAUUUUGUAAUCAGAUUAAUAUGAACAGCAUAAUAAUGUAUAAAUUUCUGAUACUUGUAUUUUAAAUUUGUUUAUCACGUGUAUGUAAUUUCAAAUUUCACCCAAUGAAACAGAACAUCGAAGACACUCUGAAUUAUAUACCUCUGAAAAGUGUGAAGUGAGGGGUGUAAGAAAAAGUUGAUUGUAUUUUUUAAUUAGUGAGAGCAUUAUUUGAUUUUCUUGAGUUCAGUUGAAAUUAAAUUUCAGCACUUAUAUAAUUUUUUCAGGCUGCUUGAAGAUAAGCUUCUGCUUCUUCCUUUCAUUUCAGUACUGCAGUUGAUUUAUUACAAUUAUAUUUUCUUCUGCUGUAAUAUUAUACUGGAAUUUGUAAGUUUUUAUAUUCAGUGACCCACUCUGUGAUAUUUUAAAAGAGGUAUUGUUGGUAAAGUUAUGUUGACAAACAGUAUGUGCUCUUGAGUAAAACACAAACACCAUACACUUUUGUUAAUAUGUUUAUGCUUCAGUUUUCUGUUGUUUGUUUAUCAUAUAGUGACCUUAUGUUAUAAAUCUGUUCUUUCCUUUCCAAAAUUAUGCAUAUUUAGUUGUAUAUUUUUAUAGUUAUAUUGAUUAAAGUUUUGUUAUGCCUAAUCUGUUUGUGCUUUUGUUCUUGUGUAUUUAUCGUUUUCUUUUAGAGAUAUUUAACAGGCAGUAGAUAGUCUUCAGAAGGACAGAGGCAUAAAUGUAUUGCCAUUAUUCUGCUACAAAUGUUAUAUUGCAGUCUGCUGCAAUGUUAACAUUAUAUCUUUUGUUUUACUUUAUUUAUUUACAAAAAAAUCUAGAACUUUAAGAUCACAUACAUGUGUAAACAUGGUUGAAAAAUUAGUGGAACAGAACUGCCUCCAUUGAAUUUCUAAAUACUGCAAUAAAUACUUUUGCAUAUACAAUAAAUUUGUAAAUGUAUACUGCCUGUGUGAUAGAUUACUGCCAUUACAAUUUAGAUGUAGACCAUUCACGUAUUGUUUGACACGAUUUUUAAUUAAUAAAAGACUAGGUAAAGAGGUGUGUGUGUGUGUGUGUGUGUGUGUGUGUGUGUGUGUGUGUGUUUUACAAUCAGUAAGAGUGUUUACCAGCUUUAUCUGUUUUGUGGAAAACACCAAUUCUUGGCCCAGUUGUGCCUUCCUGUAACUGUAGAAGGUGCUAUAACAUUUCAGAAUUUUUUAAUAGAUAUGUUUGAAACUUUUUGUCAUAUUUCUAUGUUUUCAUGAGUACACUGUCCUUUGUUGCAGUAUGCCAUUUUUGUGAGAGUAUGUCUGCAGUCUGCUUAAGGACAGUGUAAUCAGAUAUAUUCGUUUUAAGAUCCCUUGGAAUAUGUAGGCAAGUUGCUAUCUCUGCCUAAAUAUUGUGGUGACAAGUUUUUUAUGUUCAUUGUGUAUGUAAACUGAGAAGCAAAACAAGACAUUUUAAAGUGAGA